AUGGCGAGUGAAGCCCCAAACAAAGGGGCAUUCAGGUUAUAUAGACACAAAGUAUCAGGACAAGUGUCUCAGCAGCGCUCUGCGGGCAUCAGGCAGUGGCCCAGGAGGCGGGUCACAGUGCUUGGUCUAGUGGCGGCAGCAGAACCCCAGCCAUUGGCACCGUGCCGCGGCCCGGCGGCCCCUGCCUCUGCCAACAGCUCGGGGGACGGCGGCGCAGUGGGCGAUGGCGCUGUGGUGGACUGUCCUGUGUGCAAACAGCAGUAUUUUUUUAAAGACAUUGUGGAGAAUUAUUUUAUGGGUGAUAGUGGCAGAAAGGUUGCUACAGAUGCCCAGGAUGCCAACCAGUGUUGUACUAGUUGUGAGGAUAACGUCCCCGCUACUAGCUACUGUGUGGAAUGCUCUGAGCCACUGUGUGAGAUGUGCGUGGAGGCUCACCAGUGGAUGAAGUACACCAAGGACCAUACUGUGCGUUUUACUGGGCCAGCCAAGUCUCGAGAUGGUGAGCGCACAGUCUAUUGCAACGUGCACAAGCAUCAACCCCUUGUGCUGUUUUGUGAGAGCUGUGACAUUUUUACCUGCUGGGACUGCCAGUUUAAUGCCCAGAAAGAUUACCAGUACCAGUUCCUGGAGGAUGUCGUGAGGAACCAGCGCAAACUCCUGGCCUCCCUGGUGAAGCGCCUUGGGGACAAACCUGCCACCCUGCAGAAGAACACCAAGGAGGUUCGCAGCUCGAUCCGCCAGGGGUCUGAUGUGCAGAAGCGUGUGCAGGUGGAUGUCAAGAUGGCCAUUUUGCAGAUCAUGAAGGAGCUGAAUAAGCAAGGCUGCAUGCUGGUCAAUGAUGUCCAGAAGGUGAUGGAGGGGCAACAGGAGCACCUGGAGUGGCAGCACUGGACCAUGACCAAGAUUCAGAAGCACCAGGAGCACAUCCUGUGCUUUGCCUCUUGGGCUCUGGAGAGUGACAACAACAUAACACUGUUGCUGUCUAAGAACUUGAUUUACUUCCAGCUGCAUCGGGCUCUCAAGAUGAUUGUGAAUUUUGUUGAGCCACAUUGUGAGAUGAAGUUUCAGUGGAACCUCAAUGCUUGGACCAAGAGUGCAGAGGUGUGUGGCAAAAUUGUGGCAGAGCAUCUUGGCACUAAUCCAACAGGCCCUGCACCCAUGGCCCCUCCAAGAGCCCCAGGACCUCUGAGCAAGCAGGGGUCUGGAAGCAGCCAGCCCAUGGAUGUGCAAGAAGGCUAUGGCUUCGGGUCAGAUGAUCUCUACACAAGUGCAGAGCCCCAUGCGUCAGGCAUGAAGUGGUCCCACUCGGGUGAGGGCGACAUGAGUGGCCUUAUGCAUAAGGUGCCAUGUGUGAGCCUUGAACGCCUGGAUCUGGACUUUAAGCUGACAGCCAGCCACCCAUCUUUAAGGUCUUUUUCAGGCAGCACUACUGAAGAUUAUAACCUCAUUGUGACCGAGAGAGGGGCUGCUGCUGUAGCUACUGACCUGCCUGGGACUGCGCCCCCAGGGACACCUGGUGCCCCGCCCCUGCCUGGCAUGGCCCCACGCAGGGCGCUCUGGGGCCGCAAUAAUCACAAGAGACACCUCUACCAUCUUGCAAAGCAAAGGUUAAUGGAGGCACCAAAGGAAGCUGUGGAUGAAGUUACUCAUCCUCAGAAAUGGAAAGAAGAGGCGGAAUCACCUACUCUCCAAAUAGUUGGAGACUUGUAG